AAUUAGGAACUUACGUGUCUUACAGAUAGUAAGAUAGGAAUGUGAACGAUCCUUUCUGUCUUAUCAGUGAGACGUCUGCGAUCACCAAAUCAAGAUGGACAUCAAACUUAGAUAUUUUGUGCUUUGUGUGCUGGUUUUAGCGAGCACAGCAAAUGGAUUUUUGUUGGAUACUAUUACCAACCACCUUCCACAUACCGUCUGUUACGGGGAUCUUGGUUGCUUUAAUAACGGCAUACCAUUUCUCGACCUGCUGCACCGCCCUCUAUCGGUAGCUCCGGAAUCGCCAUCAAAGAUACAGACGAGGUUUUUGCUGUACACCAGAGCUAACCCCACUAUGUCCCAGGAACAGUUGAUAGACCCCCACUCUGACACGUCUAUAGAAGGGUCUAACUUUGACGGAACAAAACCAACAAAGAUCAUCGUGCACGGGUUUACCCACAAUGCCCACAGAAACUGGAUACUCAACAUGACUAAGGAGCUGCUGACAGCCGGAGAUUUCAAUGUGAUCACCGUCGACUGGCAUAAAGGUGCAGUACUACCGUACGAGCAGGCGACAGCGAAUACAAGAGUGGUCGGAGCCCAGGUCGCUCAAAUUGUGCACAAGCUAAUUCAGAUGACAGGCUCUACCUCAGCUAUGUUCCACAUCAUUGGUCACAGCCUUGGCGCACACGUGGCUGGGUAUGCUGGAGAAAGGAUUAGCCACCUUGCUCGUAUCUCGGGACUUGAUCCUGCUAGUCCGUAUUUUGAAAAUAUGGACAUUAAAGUACGGCUUGAUCCGAGCGACGCCGAUUUUGUUGAUGUCAUUCACACGGAUGGUGGCGGGGUGAAAAACAUCGGCUUUGGCGCAUCUCAAGAAAUGGGCCAUGUUGACUUUUACCCAAACGGCGGAGAAAGGCAACCUGGCUGUGCAUCGGACGCUGUUGACAAGCUCGGAGCCACCACAUGGACAGCUGUAACCUCACUCUUCAAUUACUACGCGGAAGAAGAAGCUUUGGCUUGCAGUCACGAACGCUCCUACUACUAUUUCACUGAAUCCAUCAACUCUCCGUGUCCGUUUACGGCUUUUGUCUGCCCGAGUGCAGACGACUUCCACAAAGGCCAUUGCGUGAGAUGCAGAAAUAACGGAUGUUCCAGUAUGGGUUACCAUGCCGAUAAGUUUGAUGCACGUGGAAAAUUGUAUCUUGAGACAGAAUCGCAUCCGACUUUCUGUGAUUAUGUUUACCAGCUGAAUAUAAGCACCAUUAACAACUUUGAUGGCAUACUUACUGCAACGCUUGUGGGAUCAAAUGGUACUGUAGGACCGCAGCCGUUAAUGAGUGCAAAUGAGCUCCACCUCCGAAACGAGAUAAUCAGCAAAAUAUUUUGGAGUCGAACUGAUGUUGGCGAUGUACAGUCACUAACCUUACGCUACGAAAAAAUCAACACUGUUGUUAUCAGUGGCUCAUACCCCGACGACUGGCAGGUACUUGGAAUCUCAGUCUGGAAGGCCGACACACAAAAACGAAAUUCAUUCUGCGCCUAUCACAAAGAGAUCGACAACCACAAAAGUGCAACGUUUGGUCUUUCUGGAACAUGCUGAGAUAUUCGUGAUUUCUGCCUUACCGCUUUGAAACUGCAAAUUAAAUUUAGAUAAACACUG